UAUAUCACAGGCUAUGUGGCAUACUUCAUCACAGCAUGCAUAUUAGACUUUGAGAGGUCCAUUGCCCUUGUGGUCCUCACCAGUUUGGCAGUUGUCUCCAAAGCCUAUGAUCUUGUGAAGACAUACCAUGGAGAUAGCAUAACCAAAUGUUUCAUACCAGCUCAAAGAUGCUACAACAAUUUACGGGGAUGGAUAAUAGGAGUUUUCGUUGUUGCGGUGCUGGUCCUGCUAGUGACUUGGCUCGUUGUGGACACAAGCAAGCGACCAGAGCAGCUCAUCUCAUUUGGAGGCGUCUGCAUGUUCAUUCUAGUCAUUUUCAUCUUCUCAGCCCACAGGACAGAGGUGGCAUGGAGGUCAGUUUUUUGGGGUCUUGGUUUACAAUUCUGUAUCGGACUGUUUGUCAUAAGGACAGAGACAGGACUCACAGCCUUCCAAUGGCUUGGAGACCAAGUGCAGAUAUACUUGAAUUACACAAAACACGGGUCAUCAUUUUUUGGACCACUAGUAUCCGACAUCUUCGCAUUUCAGGCUUUGCCCAUUGUGAUAUUCUUCAGCAGUGUGAUGUCAUUUCUUUACUCACAAGGAAUAUUGCAAUGGCUCAUCAUUAAGAUCGCAUGGGUAAUGCAGAUAACGAUGGGAACCUCACCCACUGAGACCUUGAGUGUUGCAGGCAACAUAUUUGUUGGGCAGACUGAAGCGCCAUUGCUGAUUCGCCCCUAUUUGAUGGACAUGACCAAAUCUGAAGUGCAUGCUGUCAUGGUUGGAGGCUUUGCCACCAUUGCAGGAAGUGUGAUGGGUGCAUUCAUCUCAUUUGGUAUUGAUGCAUCCUCUAUGAUAUCUGCCUCUGUAAUGGCUGCCCCAUGUGCCUUGGCAAUCUCCAAGCUGUCCUAUCCAGAGACAGAAGAGAGCAAAUUUACAUCAGAGGAAAAUAUGAAAGUGGCUUGUGGAGUUUUGUCUUAG